CAGCAGUAGUAGCAGUAGCCGUAGCAGUAACAGCAGUCACAGUCUUAGCAGCAGCAGCAGCAGCAAUGCCUUACAACAGGAAUGGUUACGAGAGCACCGGCUCCUCCCUGACCGGCUCACACUGCUCGAACUCCGACGAGGAUCUAUCGAACCCCGCCGUGUCCUACAAGUUUGUGAACCCGGAGACUCCGGGAUAUGUCGGCUUCGCCAACCUGCCGAAUCAGGUGCACAGAAAGUCUGUGAAGCGCGGCUUUGAGUUCACAUUGAUGGUCGUAGAGAAGAUUGAGCAGACGGUCAAGAUUGAGGCUUCCACCGUGGAGAUAGAGGAGCGAGGGGUCAAGCUACGACUCACCGUCGUCGACACACCCGGCUUCGCGGACUCCAUCACCAGCCAGAACUGCAUUGAGCCGAUCAUCGAGUACAUCGACCAGCAGUACGAGCGCUACCUGCAGGACGAGAGCGGACUCAACCGACGCCACAUCCUCGACAACCGCGUGCACUGCUGCUUCUACUUCAUCAGUCCCAGCGGACACGGCACACACAUGCAGGACCUGCAGGAGGUGACCCACGACCUGCACUACGAGAACUUCCGUGCGGACAAGCUCGCGAAGGCGGGCAAGGCGACACCAGGGGGCGGGAAGGACAAGCUUCUCGCGGACAAGGAAGUGGAGCUCCGCAAGAUGCAGGACAUGCUCGCCAAGAUGCAAGCGCAGAUUGCCUCCCAGAGCAAGUAGCCGCUGCUGCCGCAGGGUAGAGAGCCGGAGAGCAGGCGUCGCAGGGUAGAGUGUCGGAGAGCAGGCGUCGCAGGGUAGAGGGCCGGAGAGCAGGCGUCACAGGGUAGAGGGUCGGAGAGCAGGCGUCGCAGGGUAGAGGGUCGGAGAGCAGGCGUAAUGUAGCUUGUAGUAAGGUAGCAGAUGAGGUGUAGUGUCAUGGCAUCACAGAGCAAGUAACUCUGUGGCAACGAGUGGCACCGUCAACACACGCACACGAGAAUGACAGAUGCGCAUGUUUUGCGGUUCAGGCUACACGGUAACCGAGUUGGUGGCGAGGGGAGAACGAAGGCUGGGUGAUGGGUUAGUGGUAGUCGGAAGGGUGGGUGUAUAUGGGCGUAACGUGACACGGCACGCGAACACACGUGUGCGGGAUUGGAGGGAUGAGGUUUCACAGCUUCGGUUAUAGGAUAGCCGCGUUAGUGUGGAGGGCACCGGGAAGGGUGGUGCGUAUGUACGGCUGUAACGCCAGUGUUGGAAUGUCGCUCUCGUGGGAUGCUGCUGCCGAUGUAUCGCCCGCCGCCUGCUUUCCGCGUCUCCCGCUCGUGCGCACUGCGAGUCAGCAGCACGGGGGGUCGGUGGUCGGAUAAAAAUAGCUGCCGAGCGUACGCCGCCGCUGUGACGCGAGUUCUUGGGCUCAGCAAGGGGAAUGGAUCGGUUUCUCGGGAUCGACGCGCGCGGAAACUGCGCGGGCCGAUUUCGAUGCCGAACGAUUUUCGGAUCCGGUUUUCUUCUUUUGCUCUCGAUAUGUGUCGAUGAUUAUACUAACUGUUGUAUAUUGUUUCGUCUGUUCUUCGGUGUUUUGUUUCGACGCUGCGUCGAGGCCGCCGUGGGGAGUGAGAUGCGCAAGGGGGGUGGGUCGCGCGCCGCUCGUGCACCUCUUGUAAAUCCGUAUCCGUGUGUGAAUGUGUGUAAAACACAAAAACUCGCUCUCGAGUUGAUGAGAAGGAAUCGUACGUCUCUUCGUCGUUGCUGUUACGGUAGUAGUUGUUAUUUUGUCUCCUGCAGAGAGGUGAUCUUAUGUACGUGGCGCUUUGCUCAACAAGACGCUGAUGCUUCUACGCUCGUACGCACUUGCCAUUAGCUUCUUUUUUUCCAAAUUAAGUGUCGGGGAUUUGCUAUAGGUGGCGUUGACACACGGCAGCGUCUCUCGUGUAGAAUGUGCCUUGUUGUGUUGAUGGAGCCUAGCCGUUGCGAAUACCGAACGUGUCGAAUUUUAUUCAGGUAUAGUUGCUGCGAAAAAAUUGGGGGAACGUGAUGGUGUGAAAAGCAUAUGAAUAUGCAGAAUGAUGUCCUGUGGAUGUCAAUACGGUAUUCUUAGCACUCUUCCAACGUAUGUAUCUCUCUAUUUUAACUGAAUAUGUCAUAAUGAGAAAAUUUCUGAUAUGUAAAAGCACAUGACCUAUGACAAUCCGCUUUGCUGAUUUUACUUUUGUUUACAACUCGCAUUUUGUGUAUUUAGAGUUUUUUUUGGGAUGGGAAUUAAUAUCUGCAUAUUUGUGACCCGCUCCAGCAUAAUACGGACUAAGUCGCAAGUCAUUGUUUUGAGUAAUGAACACGCACACAUGUCAA